AUGGAAACGCAAGUUUUGAUUCCGCAAGAAUUUUCGCUUGUCUUGACAGCACCUGGUGGGAAGAAGUCACGAGAACAGAUCGCCACUGUAUUCUCCUCAACUCGCAUUCCACAAGGAACCGUGCUUUAUCCAUUUCAAGGCACUGUACGAACUGACAAAUUAGAAAUGUUCUCAUAUCUCGAUGAACAAGAUAUGCUUGCAAAUGAUUGUAACGUCUUGUACGGGUUGCUUCAUGGGAACUACAUUGCGAUGAGAAAAAUAAGUAUGAGAACAAUUAACAACAAAGUGCACCCGAUCAUACACUUAACAAUGAAUGAAAGGACUCAUAAUCAACACGGUGAACUGUUGAAGCAGUGA